AUGAAGUCCAUAAUUCCAGAAAAAUACAAACCAGGAAAUUAUUUCUUUCUAGUUCCGAUAGUGGCUAUGAUCCCAUGGGUAGGCAUGCUAAUAGCAAUGCUAAUCUGUUGGGCAGUACAGGGUAAACCGUUCUAUUCAUUCAUGAAUAGAGGUCAAAAAUUGGCAUUUAUUUCAGAUAUAGGUGCAACAAACUUGCAACCAUUAUUCAUUGCUUGUUCAGCCUGGCAAGGUUUGUUUUAUUUUUUGACUUUAUGCUGUGAGUACUAUCAAAGAUGUGGUAGGUGGCCGAUUUCCAAAACUGCAUUCAAUUACAAAAUAUCGGUAUAUGACGAAAAUAAUGGGGGUGGCAAUAAUAACGAGAGAGUAAGACACGGUUUGAACUUUCCAUCCUAUAUGCCAUUUUGGUUUACUAAACACGAGAGAAACGUCAUGUUUGCUGCAUGCAUCUUGACAGGUAUCGGAGAAAUUUUAUUGUUGUUGGCAACGAUUUUUUCAGAUAAAGAUUAUAACACUACGCACUAUGGCUUGAUUUUCACGUUUGUUGUUUUAAUGGCCAUUGGUGUUGGUCUCAAUAUUUUGGAGUAUAUGUUGAUGGGGUUGUCAUACAUGAAAAUACAUCCAUUGCACAGGAGAUUUAAUAAAUAUGCAAUCAGUGCACUAGCCAAGGGGUUUUGGCUAUUGACUGCCAUUAUUUGGGCUAUUUGUUUUGGUGCCUUGGCCAAUAAUACAAUGAGAGCCCAAUUUGAAUGGUUAUUGGCCUUUUACUUUUGUGUUUUAUUUAUUAUUUAUAGCAUUGACUUUUAUUUGGGUGGAAGAUAUAAGUAUAGUAAGAAUUUCCCAUAUGUAGAGAGUUUUCAAGGUUAUUACAAAUAUGACCAGUGGUAUGCUAAAACACAUGCAAGAUCUGCCAACGCCGAUGAUUAUGCGCCAGAAACAGAGUAUAUGUUUAGAAAUUCGGAAGAAGCACAGGGAGAAAAUCGUGGGGAUGAUGAUGACGGCAAUUAUUAUUAUUAUGAGCAUUAUCAUCACAAUGAUGGUACUAAAGAGACCAAGCCAUCAGUCACUACUGAAGAUUUUUAA